AUGAACAGAAGCAUUGACAAAGCGCACAAGGAAAACGUACCGGCAAUCUGUGACGCACUGCGCGUGGACAUGAACCGGCCGCCAACGGAGACGGUUUUGAACGAGACGAGUCUUGUCGUCGGGGAAGCCGCACUCGCCUACUCCAAAGUUUCCACAUGGUCCAAAGACAUCAUACCAUCCACACUCCUUACCUUCAAACCUAUGCGUCCCCGUAUCAAGCCUACACCAAAGGGCGUCGUGCUGAUCAUCUCGCCUUUCAACUAUCCAUGGCUGUUGACGUUCGUGCCCCUCAUUGGUGCGAUUGCUGCAGGGAACACUGUGGUACUGAAAGUUCCUGAGACAUUGGAGAAGACUACACCGUUGAUGGAGGAACUUGUUCGAAAGUAUUUGGACCCAAAUGUGGUGAGAGUUGUCGUGGGCAGUGUUCAAGAGACGACAAAGCUUCUCCAACUCAAGUGGGAUCAUAUUCUUUUUACGGGAUCGGCCAGAGUCGGCCACAUCGUGUCCGCUGCAGCGGCCAAGUUCAAUACGCCACUCACACUUGAGCUAGGCGGGAAAUGCCCCGUCAUCGUUGAUCCAGCAAACGCAAACUAUAAAAUUAUUGCGAAACGCAUCCUUUGGGGUCGCACAUCGAAUGCAGGUCAAACGUGCACCGCUCCGGAAUACAUCCUCAUCCCGCGUCACGCACAAAGCGAUCUAGCCAAAGCACUCAAAGAGGUCUAUGCGACAUUCUUUCCCGAAGAAAACGCAUUGCCACACAUGGUAAGCGGAGAUGCGACGAAGCGAGUCGCAGGAUAUUUGGAGCGUACGCAAGGAGAGAUUGUGGCUGGUGGAAAGGUUGACAUAGCAGACAAAUUCAUUGCGCCGACAGUUUUGUGCGGAGUCGGCGGAGACGAUGUGGUCAUGCAGGACGAAAUCUUCGGGCCACUUUUGUCCAUCGUGCCCGUGGAAGACCUGGACGAGGCAAUCGCCUUUAUAAAUAAGCGGCCUCAGGCUUUAGCCAUCUACGUUUUCUCGCAUGACGACGCCUUCAAGGAACGAGUCACGCGAUCUACGCGCUCGGGUGCGAUCGCAUUUAAUGACGUAGUCAUGCAGACGGGAAUGCGAGGGCUGCCUUUUGGUGGUUCAGGUGCAUCUGGAUCGGCUUAUGAAUCGAAAAGAUGGAUCCAUGGAGACACCCAGCUGGGUGGAGCCAUUCUUGUCGGUUCGGUAUCCACCGUACACAAAAUCCAAAGAGGCGUCUGGGCUGCGCCUAGUCGACGCGUCCCUGCCAUUCGACAACCAAGGACGAGCUACCCUUCUCAGUAA